UAACUAACAACUCUAUGUUGUUUCGCGUUCAAACUACAUCCAACAGAUGAUAGCUGUGACAGACAGAACAAUAGAAGAUGUUACUCAAGAUAUUGUUAUGACUUCGCUAAUAAUGAACGCUGUAAGAGAAAUAAUUUACAUGCCAUAUCAAAAUGUUGCUCUUGUUUUUUUCUUAAGACCUUAGCCUUUUUAAUAAGUGGAAUAUUUACCAAAAAAGGACUACACUCGAUUUCUAUUGGCUUUUUAUUUAAUUUUUUUAAGUGCAAAUCAACCUUAAAUUUUCCACAAACAUAUCACAUUUUCUUUACCUUCUUUACCGAUCUUUGCUUAUUUCAUACAAAAACAUGCAUCGAUCAUUUAUUUUUAACAAGAAAAAAGCUAUUUAUGACAGUCGUCUAGAGAAGAAUGAGCUUUCAAAUGCCACAUGCUUUGAUUGUGGUCAGAAGGGACACUUAACAAAAAACUAUAAAAAAUGCUCAUUAUAUUCACCCGAGACUGGUGACGAAGUUGGCACUAGUACUAAUAAAAAACGAAAACAGUCAGAAAACGUUAAAAGAGCUAAAAAGGAUGCUAAAAGACAGAAAACACAAGCAAGUACCGAAGUUGUUUGUUCAAGAUGUAAGCUUUCAGGUCAUAGCUCUGCACGCUCCCCUGAAUGCUCUUUCUAUAUUUUAUCAAAAGCGAAAACCUUGGCUCUCAACCUUGGAUCUAAUUAUACUGCGUACACACGGAAGCUUCCUUUUGAUAAUUGUAUCAAAGAAGAAUACAAAGGUGUCCUGAAAGAAAAAAUUAUCACCUGCUGCAAUUCUAUAAGACAGCUUAUCUACAGAGCGAAGUUGUUUGUAAAUUACUAUAUUUUACAAAAUCCCAAUGAGCCUGCCCCAGGAUUCAUCUUUAAACAACAAUUCUGGUAUACUAUAUGCCAAUUGGUCAAUAAUAGAAGGCCUACCAAUAGCACUGUAGUCAGUCCAAAUCUUUUACAGCAAUGGGAUAACUUCAAAAGAGAAAACCCUAAGGCAUGCUAUGCCGUAACUUUAAUAAGUGGUGCAAGUCAAUGUCUGGCUGAGGCGUGCACAGAGGUAGCUACCUCAUAUCAGAAUGCAAUCGUCAAGACCUUUGAAAAUAGAUUGAUUUAUUAUCUUCGGUACAAGAUUCAAAUCAUGUUUGUGAAUAUGGAUCGAAAAGACGUUCAUAAUAUUGCUGUAAAAUAUUGUUAUCAAUAUAUCUGUCAAGGGGAUCCAGUGUGGCCAACAAGUGAAAUUGUAAAUGAUGAUACAAUAAGACAAAAAGUUGUUCAAUUUUGCCAGCCUCUGAGGGACAUUCUAAAUACCAAAGUAACAGUGAAAACUCUAUCGGAAUCCCCUGGUAGAUUUACUCCUUUGUUGAUACACUUGCUCUCUAUCAUUGAAUCUGAACACGACAACCAUUGUGAAUACGAUGUAAGAAGACUGUCUCUUCCGCGGCGAUUUAGUCUGUUCCCAACACCUUCCUUGCACUGGCGUUCUAUAACUUUGUCAGUAAACGCAUUAUCUGCGUUUCUUCCUCGUGAAAAGUUGCCAAGAGGUUAUAAUGACCAACUUCGGCUCUUUUUUAAAGUAUUAAAGUUCCAGUCAUUGAGAAUUAAAACGUAAGUUGAAAAAAAAAGGGUGAUAUCAUAAUAAUUAAAGCAAACAUACUUCCAGAAUUGAAAGUAUAAUGCCAAAUGGCAGAAAUAGACAGUUGUUUGGAAACUUGAUCAGAUCAGACGGUUUCAGUGUUGAUUUUUUGUUCUACAAAAGACGAAAUGAUCAAAAUGAUAUGGCUGUCAAAGUUAACCAAAUACACCUCAAAGUCGAUGACUUUAAGAGUCAAGAAAUAGAACAGUCAUAUCUUCCAAUAGCAAUUGACCC